UCCCUGCAAUGGUAUAUAUCUUAAAGAGAUUUAAGAUAAAUACACCAAAUGCUAUCAAAUGUAAAAUGGAAAGUUCAGACUAAAGUGAUUUUAUUAUUUAAAUGUUUGACCAAAACAAAAUUAUCAAAGUAAAUGAAAUGUUUAUUUCUUCAACAGGCAGAAAACAAGCACUGGUACGGUACGGAUCAACAACUACAUCAGGAAAAGUUGACAAAAAAAAUGAAUCUAUUUCAGAGACUUCAUCUUGAAGGCAGACAUCACAAACUGAGAGCUGCAGAUGUUCUUCGGGUAACAUCUGCACAUUCAUUAAAGUCCCAUGAGUCUUGUGCUGAAGAGGAGCUGAUUCAGACUUUCAUACAAAAACUACUGAUUAUGAACUACAGAGCAAGAUACAUUAAAACUAAUGAGACCAAUGAGGAAGAUCACAAUGAACAAGGCAGUUAUGAUUCAUUUAAACAAGAGGCUGAUUCUGAUGACUUUUUUUUCAAUUUAAGGCCAGUUUCUAAUAAAGGAACAAGCCAAUUUGAGGGAAUCCACCCGAUGGAUGUUCAGAUGACCGUGUUUCAUUGUGCCGAUGGUUUCCUGAAGCAGCUGUUGGUCACUAAACUGUCCCAGUGUCAGUACGCUCUGCCUCUGCUUGUUCCUGAUCCAUUCACACAACAGAUUGAGUUUCCUCUCUGGACAUUCAGACAAAUCAACAAGAGCUGGAAGAUCAGAAACACCAACAAUGAAAUCAUCAGUCGAAACCAGCCGAUCUACAAGGCAGAAACUCCAAUGGUGUCUUUCUUCAGUUUUGGCUCUGUGUCUUCAUCCAAGUCUGAGCUUAUAAACAGUCUGAUCAAUGAGAAACACAACACGUUCUUCCACAGGAACUGCCCAGGCAGCAGCAGAACCAGAGUCCUGAUGGAUGGAGUGGUGGAGAUCGCCUGGUUCUUCCCCUCUGGAUCAUAUGAUGAUGAAUUCACUGACUGUAUUGCGUUCUGUAAUCUACACGGUGAUGCAGCAGCUAAUGAGAAACAGCUGCAGAUCCUCACUGAAAUGGCCUCAGUCAAUGUUGUUCUUCUCCCCCGACUUCAGAAGAAUGACAAAAAUAUGAUAAAACUUCAACAACUCUACAAGGACACAAAGCCUCUCAUUUGUCUUUUUACUGAAGAUAAAUCUGGUGUAACUGUGAUGAAGAACAAAUAUAGGAUUGGUCUGAAAGACAGAAAUCAGUCAGAAGUAUCUGAAGAUCUCAGAAGAGCUAUAAAUGAUUGCUUCUCAGAAUCAUCUUUCACUUUCAGACUUGAAGAUGUGUCCAAACACUCAGACAUCAGAGUAGAUGAGGAAGAUGAUGAAGACUGCAGGAGAGGAAGAGAAGCAGCACAGCAGAUGAUGAGUUUACUGGAGAAGAAAGAUCUGACAGAAAUCAAAGAAUCAGUUCUGCCUCAUCAGGGGAAACUGUGGCAUCAGUGGAGUCAGAAGAACAAAGAACUACAUCGACCUCAAGGAAAUGAAAUAGAAAUGGACAUCAGUAGAAAACAAACCGAGAUGAAGAAAAUCCGUGAACAACAGCAUGAAUCUGACAUCAGUGAGUUUUUGAAGUUCUUUAUUAAAGAAAUGAACUCAGAUACUGGACAUCAGAUGUAUUUCAUUAAUUGGCUCAGAAUAUGCCUGGAUGCAUAUAUCUCAGCUGACUUUUCUGAUCUUCAUCACAAAUAUGAUGAAACAUGGUCAAAGGUCUUAAAGCUGAAAGAGAAACAUGAACCAGAAAAACUGACAGCUAAACAAGCAGAACUUGAGAGAAUAUCUGAGAAAUUUCAAGCUGCAGCCUUUGGUUUGGAGCACAUCAUGAGGGAAAUCGGUCAGAUCUAUGAAUCAUGUUCAUCUGUAAAGAAGAACAAAAAAGACCUGCAGUUUCACUUCUCUUCUCUCCCGAGUCUUGCAGCAGAGAUGAUGAUCUCUGGAUUUCCACUGGAGCUGAUGGAUGGAGAUGCUGCUCAUGUUCCUGUGAUCUGGAUCUCUGCUGUUCUAGAUGAACUCAUCCAGAAACUGGGAGACCAGAGAGUCUUUGUGCUGUCAGUUUUAGGGCUUCAGAGCUCUGGGAAAUCCACCAUGCUGAAUGCCAUGUUUGGACUCCAAUUUGCCGUCAGUGCUGGCAGGUGCACCAGAGGAGCUUUCAUGCAGCUGGUCAAAGUGUCAGAUGAGAUGAAAACACAGAUGAACUUUGACUAUAUUCUGGUUGUUGAUACUGAGGGUCUUCGUGCUCUAGAACUGGCUGGAAGAUCAAUAAGACAUCAUGACAUUGAAUUGGCCACAUUUGUUGUUGGUCUUGCAAAUCUGACAUUGAUCAACAUCUUUGGAGAAAACCUCUCUGAGAUGCAAGACAUUCUUCAGAUUGUUGUUCAGGCCUUCAUGAGGAUGAAGAAGGUCAAACUGAAUCCCAGUUGUGUGUUUGUGCAUCAGAACGUCUCAGAUGUCACAGCUGGAGAGAAAAACAUGGAGGGAAGGAGACGACUGCAGCAGACACUGGAUAAGAUGACAAAACUCACUGCUAAAGAGGAAUUCUAUGAUGCAGAAUGUUUCAGUGAUGUCAUUAGAUUUGAUGUUCAGAAUGAUGUGAAAUAUUUUGCUCAGCUCUGGGAGGGCAGCCCACCUAUGGCACCACCAAACCCAAAGUACUGUGAGAAUAUUCAAGAACUAAGGGAAAGUAUUAUGUCUCAUGCCUCAAAUUCACAUGGAAUGAUGUUGACACACCUAAAAGAUCGUAUUAAAGAUUUCUGGGAGGCUUUACUGAAGGAACAUUUCAUCUUCAGCUUUCAAAAUUCCAUUGAGAUUUCAGCCUACAGGAAACUGGAGACAGAAUACAGCAAGUGGUCCUGGAGUCUUCGCAGUGCCAUGAUAGAAACUGAGAAUAAGCUACACAACAAAAUAGAAAAUGAAGCAAUUCACGAGGUUGAGGAAACUGAUCUUCAGAGAGAACUAAAGAAGACAAGUGACGAAGUUGAAAAAUCAAUGUCUGAAUUCUUUGAGAAAGACAAAGAUAAAGAUAUACUGAUUCAGUGGAAAACAUCAUUUGAAAUGAAAAUCAAAGAUGUCCAAGAAAACAUUGUCAGAGAAACAAAAAGGAAAUUAAAUGAGAUUCUUCAGCAGCGAGACCUGAAGAAAAAGUCUGAUGAUCAUGAAAACACUCUCUAUGAAAAGAGUAAAGAACUUUCUGUAAAACUCAAAGACAAAACAAAUGAUAAAGAAACACAGAAGAAAAAGACUGAUGCUCAGAGGACACAUCAUGAAAACACUCUCUAUGUAAUGAGCAAAGAAUUUGCUUUAAAACGCAAAGACAAAACAAAUGAUGAAGAAACACUGAAUAAAGAGUUUGAUUUGUUUUGGAAACAGAUUGUGGAUAUAAUCAUCACAGACACUCCUCCACUCAAAAACUUUGACAUAAUGAGAGAUGUGAGAAAGAUCCUCAGUGAGGGGCAUCUCCCUGUUGACCACAUUAAAGAGGACAGAGAGUAUAUCAAGAUUUUCACUAUGUCAAGUUAUUGUGAAUAUGUUAUUUUCAAAAAGUCCUCAAAAAAUGGGUUUAAAGAGACUGUAAAAGGUGCUUACAGAAGAUUUAAAAAAACAUUGGGAUACGUUCGAACUCUGUCUCCAGAGAAGGAAGCUGAAAUAAAGUCAUUUGUCAAAGAUGUUGAACAGCAGACAGACACAAUGAUUCAGUCAUUUAACAUUUCAAAGAUGGGCUACAAAAUCAGUUACAUUCAACAACUCAUAGAUUACAUCAAGAAAAGAGUAACAGAACAUGAGGAAGGAGCAGUGAAAUAUGAGUUCACGAAACAAUUCCUUGUGGAUUUGGUUCUUUCCAUCUGUAAAAGAGCAAACAAGAUGAUCACUGACCAACACAGACUGUUCAAGGAAGCAAUAUAUGUCAAGAAGAAGAGAGAAGAGUACUAUAAUGUUUUCCAGAAAUACUGUCAUGGAUCAACAUCAGCUGCCAUUUUUGGAGAGAUCAUCUGUCAGAAACUUAAAGAACCCAUUGAGCAGAGUGUCUACAAGAAGACUGCUAGAGAUCUGACGGAUGAAAUGAGAUCAAACUGUCAAUCACUGAAUGGAAAGAGAUCAAAUCUGGAGAAACACAUCCUGAAGACACUGGCAGAUGAGGAGGACUUCAACAAAUACAUGAACUACAUUCGUAAUCCCAGAGAUCACUUCAAGAGUUUCAUCAGAGAUGAAGUCAGUCGGUACAUCACUGAUAAGUUCAGUGUCAGUGUUUUACCCAAGAUGAAGAAGAACAUUAAACUCCUGCAGCAGAAGAUCAUGGAAGCAGCACAUGAAUCUACUGAACAUGUUCAAGUGAACAGAGGAGAUGUUGAUUUGUGGUUGAAGAGUUUCACACAGCAGCUCUCAGAUGUGCUGAUCUUCUCUGAAAAAGACCUCAGUGGAGUGAAACAUGAUGAUGUUGAUGAUAUCAACCUCCUAGAAGAUGUGAUAAGACAAGAACUUCUUGCUGUAAUGUCUGAUAUCUGCAGUAGAUUCAACACAAAGACUUUUCCAGUAAAUUUGGACCAUAAGUUCAGACCAGAUGACCUUCUGAUUGAUCACUUCUGUCAGUGCUGUUGGGUUCAGUGUCCGUUCUGUGGAGCCACCUGCACCAACACCAUAGAAAACCAUCAUGGAGAUCACAGUGUUCCGUUCCACCGUAAUAUUGGACUAAAUGGAAUAUAUUACAGAAAUACAUCUAACUUCUCUACCCAUAUCUGCACAUCAGCAGUAGCAAGCAGCACUCUAUAUUUUUAUCCCAGUGACUCAGAUGAUAGCAUCUUAUAUAGAGAAUACAGAAGAGCAGGAGGAGUUUAUGCAGACUGGAGCAUCACUCCUGAUCUCUCUGAACUGCCCUACUGGAAGUGGUUUGUGUGCAGAUUCCAGAAAGAUCUUGAAAAGCAAUACAAUAAAACAUUUGAAGGGUGUGUUGAGAUAACAGAUAAAUGGAAAAAAUACUCAAAACAAAAUGCUAUUGAGAGUUUGAAUAAAUACCUCUAAAGGAGAUUCAAAUGAAUCUCUCAGAUUCUCCACAUAUCACAGUCAGAAAUUAGUUUCUCUGACAUUUAUCAGUGAGUCUCUUAAGUCAACUACAACUCAGUAGAGCAAAACUUCUUCAAAUACAAGAGGAUUAAAGACAGGAUUCAAUUCCACAUACAAGUAUCUGUGAAAUGAUCUUAACUUCAAAACAACAUAACUUAAUGUAAAUGUUUCAUGCUUUAUGAUGCUUUGCUACUGGCACAAUCUGACUUUAUAUUCUGUCUCUUUGUAUUCCGCACUUUGUUUGUCAAACAGUGCUGCUGGAUUCUGGAUUUUUGUGUUUGCGUACGGUGGUACUAAAUUGUCAAAACGUCUCUCAAAAUGUGUGCCACGGAUGCAAAAAACAGAGAAAAUUUAACCUGUUCUGAAUAUUUUUAUGACGGAUGAAAGUUUUGGAGGCAGUGUGCAAACGUGAUUGAUUUAAUGUGAGGUUGAAUUUAUUUUUUAACGUGCGAAAGUUUUUCAUGCGAAUUUCGGACUCAGUGUGCAAAGGCCUUAAGAGUUCAAUGAGUAAAGGAUGCUUGAAGGUGUUAAUAGUGAUAAUAAAGCAGUUUAUUUUCAUGACUUGAGGUGUCUAUCUCUUAAUCAGUUUUCUAUGGCUAAUCUUUUUCCUUAAUACGGGUGAAAUUCAUAUUGCCUCUUUAAAUGUGAAUGGAGCCAGAGAUGUGAGGGAAAAAAAUGGAAAUAUAUAAUUUAAUUUGACAGAAACAUUUGACAGUUUUAUUUAUGCAAGAAACCCAUAGUGAUCAUAAAAAUCAUGUUGAAUGGUUCAAAGAAUGGAAUAGUUUGUCUUUUUUAAGUCUAACAAUUCUCUUAGUGGAGGAGUUGGUAUUUUAUUUACUAAAAAGUUUGUUCCUUGUUCAGGUAAAAUGGAAGAAAUAAUAAAAGGAUGACCUUUAAAAGUGA